AUGGAGUAUCCAGCCGUCAUCUCCGGUGACUCACUCGUUCUGCGCGAAGCACUUGGUCCGCAGGGUCAAAUACCUAAGGAACACGUCCUUCAUCUUGCCGACAUCUUAGCGCCGCGUGUGGGAUCGUCCACGAGAGAAGAUGAGGACUGGGCAUUUGAAUCGCGCGAGUUCUUGCGUACGCUCACUGUAGGCAAACCCAUUACAUUCACUGUUGCACACUCGCUCUCGCCGAACGACGACAUUUCACGCGACAUCGGCUAUGCGGAUAUGAAUGGCGUAGACGUUGCGGGGGAGCUGCUCCGGAACGGCUGGGCUAAGAUGAAAGAACUCAAACGCGACCCAACGGAGGAUGACAUUCGUAGACGUGACCUGGAGGCGGAAGCGAAAGCGGCCGGUAAAGGUGUCUGGAAUCCGCAUGGUCAAAAGGCGCGUACGGUCCACUACAUGAUGCCUACGGAUUCGCAAGGUUUCAUGUCAGAAUGGAAGGGCAAAUCGCUGGAAGCCCUUGUUGAGCAAGUCAAGGACGGCUCAACCCUGCGCGUUCGACUGUUCAUGCCCGAGGGGGAUCACCAGUUCAUCAACCUCGCGCUCGCUGGUGUCCGCUGUGCACGUGUCUCCAGUAAACCGGAUGAAGAAUCAGAGCCGUGGGCUGAAGAGGCCAAGUACUUCACUGAAGUCCGCCUUUUGCAGAGAUUCGUCCGAGUGCAGCUAUUGUCUCUCCCCAGCUCGACUGCUACGCCUUUCCAAGCCAGCGCCAAUGCUGUUGCGCCUCCCACAGCGACCAUCUUUAUCGGCACAGUUCUCCAUCCAGCAGGUAGCAUCGCAGAAGCACUGGUUACCGCGGGUCUCGCACGGGUCGUCGACUGGCACGCCGGCAUGCUUGCGAGCGGGGGUCAAAUGGAGCGUAUACGUGCUGCAGAGAAAGCCGCCAAGGAGAAACGCAAGUAUUUGUACGAGAAACUGCCGACUACUUCUACCAAAACGAACAGCGUAGCUGUCAAUGGAAGCUCCCGAGCGUUCGACGCAACUGUCGUCCGUGUAUGGACAGGCGAUCAGCUCUCUGUAGUUGACAAGGAGUCUGGAAAGGAGCGCAGAUUGCAGCUGAGCUCUACACGGGGGCCUAAGCUUUCUGAUCCUAAACAAGCCUAUUACGCUCACGAAGCCCGCGAAUUCCUUAGGAGACGGCUCAUUGGCAAACAUGUCAAGGUUCAUGUUGAUUUCAUUCGCCCUAGGGAUGGUGAGUAUGAGGAGCGGGAGUGUGCAACUAUCCGACAUGGUAGCCAAAAUUCGAACAUCGCCGAGCAACUCAUUGAGAAAGGCCUUGCCAGUGUAGUCCGGCAUAAGCGUGACGAUGAAGACCGAUCUCCCGACUUCGAUAAACUCAUGGCCGCUGAACAAACUGCAGUUGCCGAAUCGCGUGGCAUUCACUCCGGCAAGGAGUUUCCUCCGCCCAAGCAGCCACUCAACCUCUCGGAUUCACAUAAUCGCGCCGCACCCUUCAUCAAUGGCUUCAAACGGACAGGAAGAAUCCCAGCUGUCGUUGACUAUGUUGCCGCAGGUUCCCGGUUCAAAGUUUUCCUACCAAAAGACAACCAAGUCCUGACGCUCGUUCUCAGUGGCAUUCGCGCACCUCGAACAGCUCGGAACCCUUCUGAAAAAAGCGAAGCAUACGGGCCCGAAGCAUACGACUUUGCGACCCGGCGAUACAUGCAGCGCGAUGUUGAAAUCGAGAUCCAUGACGUUGAUAAAUCUGGUGGUUUCAUCGGCGCAUUGUAUGUGAACAAAACAGAGAACGCCGCGAUUGCGCUCGUACGAGAAGGUCUUGCCACUGUCCACUCGUACUCAGCAGAUGGUCUGUCAUGGGUGCGCCAAUUGUACGAUGCUGAGUCAGAAGCGAAGCGGGAGGGCCGUAAUAUCUGGAAGGACUAUGACGAAGAGGCCGAAAAGGUUCAGGAAGUUCCACAAGAAAUGGACAACGAAGCCCUUAAACCGGAGUACCUCGACGUUAUCGUCAGUGACGUACGGACGAAGAACGGGUUCAGUUUCUCGGUCCAGAUACUGAACACGGAAGGAAUUGCCUCGCUCGAGAAACUCAUGCGAGACUUCUCACUACACCACCAAGGUAGCACAGCAGCGCCAGGGUUCGUCCCCAAGGGGGGUGACUUGGUCUCCGCAAAGUUCUCCGAUGGAUCGUGGUACCGUGCCAAAGUGCGGCGUGCAUCGCCUAUCAAGAAGGAAGCGGAAGUGACCUUCAUCGACUACGGCAACCAAGAUACGAUCGGCUUCGCCAACAUCCGACCCUUGGAUCCCAAAUUCCGAUCGCUACCUGGCCAAGCCCAUGAUGCACGACUCAGCUUUGUGAAGCUGGUCGGCGAAGAGAGCGAGCACCACGCGGAGGCUAUCGAACGGUUCCGCGCGCUAUGUGAGGGCCGCAAGCUGGUUGCCAACACUGACCAACGAGAGGGCUCUCUCUUGCACCUACGGCUGAUCGAUCCCACCGAUCCCGCUGUGCAACAGGACAAAUUCGCGUCCAUCAACGCCGAUCUCCUGCGCGAGGGACUUGCAACGAUAGAUCGAAAGAGUUGCCGCUACUUGUCUGCGUAUCCUAGUGUUGUGAAGAGUUUGCAGGAGGCGGUGAACGCGGCCAAGAGAGAGCGAUUGGGCAUUUUCGAGUAUGGGGAUGUUGAGGAGGAUGAUUGA